CUUCAGUUGAAGUCGAGACCACAUAUGAGCCAUCUUUCAUGCGAACAUCAUCUGGAGGAGUCUUUAAAGUCCACAGCUAUACAGCCAACCCUUCAGAUACCAUCGCGCCUUCUCGUAUUCAAGACUUGAUCUCAGAGUCCUUCUCCUAUGACAAUAGCACAGUAACUCUGGUUUGGACAGCUGUAGGAGAUGACAUGGACCACGGAACUGCAUACAGUUACGAACUUCGCUAUUCCACCAACUUCUCAGAGGUGCGAGACGACUUCAACAGGAGCCAUUUGGCCUCUCAAGAACAAGUGCUGUACGGCAAUCUAUCCCACGUCAAUGCUUCGGGAACAACGGAGAGUGUCACUAUUAUCCUUCCACAGAAGGGAGAGGACAUCGUUUAUUAUUUUGGUAUUCGAGCUUGGGAUGAGUCCGAGAAUGGAGGGGACUUGUCGAACAUUGUUUCACUGUCUAUCCGUUUCAUACCAGUGGCAUUACCAACCGUAGUGAUGCCUACCAUGCACGCUACUGAUGUAAUGACAGAGAUAAUUACUACUGUAGACAAGACAGAAUCGAUUGCUCCAGGAACCAUCGAAACUUCGUCAGAGACCACAGUAUCCAAGGAACCUGAGCCUUUGGAGCGAACAACACAACAAGAGAUUCCUGAUACAACGAAAGCCACGGAACUAACCGGACCAGAAGCACAGGCUGUAAUCAAUGGCCUGUCUUGCGCACUUAGUGCAGUUACCAUCAUAGCAGCAGUCAGUUUGGUGUACAUCUACUAUCUAAGGCAGAGCCUCUCCUUGGUGAAGCCGUUUACCCCGCCUAAAUCAGCCUGGGCACAGCAAGAACUUGCGGAUGUUGAGAUGGUACAAAAGGAUCCUAGCUACAUGAGGAAAAUUCUCGUUUAAACUAUAUACAUGAUAUAACCCCAAUUGCAUAUAGUUCUGACCCUUUCUGACUUUAAUACGCCGGCUACAUUUAUCUUUUUCUUCAAUUAGAUUUGUGUAGAUUAAAAGGAACUAUGUCCUUGAUGUUGAUGUAAAUGUAUAAUUAUCAGUAGUUAAAAAAUAAGAUGUUUCUUGCAUUUAGAUAAAUGAACCUAAAAAAGGGAAAAUGAAAUUGAGAUUUUAGUUUUAUAUCAUAAUCUAAAAUACGAAGUUCAGCUAUAGGCUGAAACAACUAAGCGUAAGAGUAGGCUUAUAUGUUCGCUCAUAUUUAUCCAAGGUUUAGGUGGUGUAGAUUUUUUCACCCAUUGUCUGUGUGUUCGUGUAUAUUAUCCUACGUACACUGUUAGAAAAAACAGAAGAUUUUGCAGAAGAAAAAUUAAAAAACAGAUUUUACAGAAAGAAGUAACCAAAUCGUUUGUAAAUUGUUUAAACAGGAAAUAUUUUUUUAAGUAGAAAAUUUCUAACAGUGUAGAAUUGAAAUGCCAUCAAAAAGUUGUAUUUGUAAAUGUACUUUAAAUUUCAGAUUUUUCUAAAGCUUGAAUUAUUUCAUUAAAGGCCUCCAUUUUUUUAUUUCUUGAUCUCGAAAUACGCAAGUAACGCAUUGAAAAUGCACCAACCGUAUCACGUGUUGUGAUUUUAAUUGUUGCUAUUUGAUUUUAGUGGAGAAAGUUGUUAAUUUUAAACGGAGAAUACAUUAUAUUGAUAAAUAUAAAACAUUUGGUUAUAAAUUUUACGCAGUUAGAAUUAAAGAAAUUAGAUAUCGAGCUUAUUACUGAUCGAAUUGAUAUGUGAUACAUGAUUACUAUGUGUUAUAUUAGUUUAGACGAGUCAA